CCUUGUUUCUUUUUCUGGUGUCGGCAUAUUCAUUGCCAUCUCUUGCUUCUCAUUUCAAUAUGGAAAAAACUUUCUCGAGAACGCCCAACACUUGAUUUUCUUAAUCCCUUUGAUUAGCUAUGUCGAGGCCAGGAAACAAGGGUCCCCAAGCCAAACUGGUUAUUCUUGGGGACAUGGGAGCAGGGAAGACAAGUUUGGUGCUAAGGUUUGUGAAAGGCCAUUUUAAUGAGUACCAGGAAUCAACAAUUGGGGCAGCAUUCUUCACACAAGUACUGUCACUAAACGAGGGGACAAUAAGAUUAGAUAUAUGGGACACAGCAGGGCAGGAGAGAUACCACAGUUUGGCUCCUAUGUAUUAUCGCGGUGCCGCUUCUGCUAUUGUGGUCUAUGACAUCACGAACAAGGAUUCCUUUGUGAGAGCCAAAAAGUGGGUUCAGGAAGUACAAAAACAGGGAAAACCGGGUAUGGUUAUGUUUUUGGUAGCUAAUAAGGUUGAUUUGGCAGCCAAAAGAGCGGUAGGAAAUGAGGAAGCAGAGCAAUAUGCCAGAGAAAACGGCUUGUUCUUCAUGGAAACUUCAGCAAAAACUGCAGAAAAUGUUAACGAGCUCUUUUAUGACAUAGCUAAGAUGUUGGCUAGAGCGAACCCUUCCCGUCAAGCUGGAAUCGAGCUGCACAGCAGUGCCCAAGAAAGUAGAACAUUGCCUUGUUGCUUUUCAUGAAUUCUUCACUUGAUAUAUGAUUUGAUCUUCUUCUGAAAUCCUGUUAUGUUGUGUUUUUGGGUGGUGCUUCUCCCUACUUGUUCAGAGAGAAAGAAACAAAGAUUUCAUGCAAUAAUAGCUUUGCUUUUCGAGUAGGCUCCUCUCUGUAAAUAUAUACAGUAGUUUCCAAUGAGAUGAGGAUUUGCUGCCCACAACACUCAAA